AUGCCUUUUGGUCUGUGCAAUGGACCUGCCACAUUUCAGUGCCAUCUUGAACAGAUAUUCCAGCGGCUGUCCCAUUAUGGGUUAAAAUUAAGAUCUGACAAGUGCCGGCUCUUCCAAAAGCAGGUGAAGUUUCUCGGCCACGUGGUGGACAAGGCUGGCGUACAUCCUAACCCUGGGAAGACAGCAGCAGUCCAAGGUUGGCCUACUCCUGCCACAGUUCGGGAGGUAAGGGCCUUCUUGGGCCUUGCAGGCUACUACAGGCGUUUUAUUGCUAAUUUUUCCAAAAUCGCUCAACCUCUAAAUGCUCUCUUGGUUGGCAUUCCUGUAGAUAAAAAGUCUGGUACACGUCUGAUUGAGUGGACCACUACAUGCCAGUCUGCAUUUGAGACCCUGAAGUCUUGCUUGACAAAAGCCCCUGUCUUAGCCUAUGCGGACUUCGCUUUACCGUUUGUCGUGUACACAGAUGCCAGCCACCAAGGCUUAGGUGCUGUUCUGUCACAAGUGCAGGAUGGAAGGGAGCAUGUGAUUGCUUAUGCUAGCUGA